AGAGCCUCGGUCGCCAUUUUUCCAUUGAUUGCCGCGGGCCGGGGGAGGGGCGGACGGCGACGGCGGCGGCGUCGGCGGUGGCGGCGGCGCCCUGGGUCGGUGUCUGCGCUGGUGUCUGAGUCCGGAGCCGAGGCCUCCGCGGUGGCCGGCGGGGAGGAUGACUGCCGCUGCGGUGCUCUCCUGAGGCGCGGAGCCGCCGCCACCCUCCAGCCUUCCUCCCCGAGGCGGGGCGGAGAGGAGCGGCCGGAGUCGGAGCGAUGGUGCCCGGCGAGGAGAACCAACUGGUCCCGAAAGAGAUAGAAAAUGCUGCUGAAGAGCCUAGAGUCUUAUGUAUAAUACAAGAUACUACUAACUCAAAGACAGUGAAUGAACGGAUCACUUUAAAUUUACCAGCAUCUACCCCAGUCAGAAAGCUCUUUGAAGAUGUGGCCAACAAAGUAGGCUACAUAAAUGGAACCUUUGAUUUGGCAUGGGGAAAUGGAGUCAAUGCUGCUGAUACGACACCACUGGAUCAUACCAGUGACAAGUCUCUUCUUGAUGCUAAUUUUGAGCCAGGAAAGAAGAACUUUCUGCAUUUGACAGAUAAAGAUGGAGAACAGCCUCAAAUACUGUUGGAGGAGUCCAGCAAUGUGGAUGACAGUGUUCACGACAGGUUUAUUGGCCCACUUCCAAGAGAAGGUUCUGUGGCUUCUACCAGUGAUUAUGUCAGCCAAAGCUACUCCUAUACAUCAAUUUUGAACAAGUCAGAAACUGGAUACGUGGGAUUAGUAAACCAGGCAAUGACUUGCUAUUUGAACAGUCUUUUACAAACACUUUUUAUGACUCCUGAAUUUAGGAAUGCACUAUAUAAGUGGGAAUUUGAACAAUCUGAAGAAGAUCCAGUGACAAGUAUCCCAUAUCAACUUCAAAGACUUUUUGUUUUGUUGCAAACCAGCAAAAAGAGAGCAAUUGAGACCACAGAUGUUACAAGGAGCUUUGGCUGGGAUAGUAGCGAGGCUUGGCAACAGCAUGAUGUACAAGAACUGUGCCGAGUCAUGUUUGACGCUCUGGAACAGAAAUGGAAGCAAACAGAACAGGCUGAUCUCAUAAAUGAGCUGUAUCAAGGCAAGCUGAAGGACUACGUGAGGUGUCUGGAAUGUGGUUAUGAAGGCUGGAGGAUCGAUACAUACCUGGACAUCCCAUUGGUCAUUCGACCAUAUGGGUCUAGCCAAGCAUUCGCUAGUGUGGAAGAAGCAUUGCAUGCGUUUAUUCAGCCAGAGACCUUAGAUGGCCCGAAUCAAUAUUUUUGUGAACGUUGUAAGAAGAAGUGUGAUGCUCGUAAGGGCCUACGGUUUUUGAAUUUCCCCUAUCUGCUGACCUUACAAUUGAAAAGGUUUGAUUUUGAUUAUACUACCAUGCAUAGGAUUAAACUGAAUGAUCGAAUGACAUUUCCUGAGGAGCUAGAUAUGAGUACAUUUAUUGACAUUGAAGAUGAGAAAUCUCCGCAGACUGAAAGUUGCACUGACAGUGGAGCAGAGAACGAAGGCAGCUGCCACAGUGACCAGAUGAGCAAUGAUUUUUCCACUGACGAUGGCGUUGAUGAGGGGAUCUGCCUGGAGAGCAAUAGUGGAGCUGAGAAGAUUUCAAAGCCUGGACUUGAAAAGAAUUCCCUGAUCUAUGAGCUCUUCUCUGUGAUGGUACACUCGGGGAGUGCUGCUGGAGGUCACUAUUAUGCUUGUAUAAAGUCAUUCAGUGAUGACCAGUGGUACAGCUUCAAUGACCAGCAUGUCAGCAGGAUAACACAAGAAGACAUUAAGAAAACACAUGGUGGGUCUUCAGGAAGCAGAGGGUAUUAUUCCAGUGCUUUUGCAAGCUCCACAAAUGCAUACAUGCUGAUAUAUAGACUGAAGGAUCCAACAAGAAAUGCAAAAUUUCUAGAGGUGGAUGAAUACCCAGAACAUAUUAGAAGCUUGGUGCAGAAGGAGCGAGAACUGGAAGAACAAGAGAAGAAACAGCGAGAGAUCGAACGUAAUACAUGCAAGAUAAAACUAUUCUGUUUACAUCCUGUGAAACAAGUAAUGAUGGAAAAUAAAUUGGAGGUUCAUAAGGAUAAGACGUUGAAGGAAGCAGUAGAAAUGGCUUAUAAGAUGAUGGAUUUAGAAGAGGUACUACCCCUGGAUUGCUGUCGCUUAGUUAAAUAUGAUGAGUUUCAUGACUACCUAGAGCGAUCAUAUGAGGGAGAAGAGGACACACCAAUGGGUCUUCUCCUAGGUGGAGUCAAAUCCACAUACAUGUUUGAUCUGCUACUGGAAACAAGAAAGCCUGAUCAAGUUUUCCAGUCUUACAAACCUGGAGAAGUGAUGGUGAAAGUUCAUGCUGUUGACCUGAAGGCAGAGACUGUCGCUGCUCCUGUAACUGUCCGUGCAUACUUAAAUCAGACAGUUACAGAGUUCAAACAGCUGAUUUCAAAGGCCACACAUCUGCCUGCUGAGCCCAUGCGGAUAGUGCUGGAACGCUGCUACAACGACCUGCGCCUUCUCAGUGCGCCCAGCAAAACCUUGAAAGCUGAAGGGUUUUUCAGAAGUAACAAGGUGUUCGUUGAAAGUUCCGAGACUCUGGAUUACCAGAUGGCCUUUACAGACUCUCACUUAUGGAAACUCCUGGAUCGACAUGCAAAUACAAUCCGGUUAUUUGUUUUGCUCCCUGAGCAAUCUCCAGGAUCUUAUUCCAGAAGGACAGCUUACCAGAAAGCUGGAGGUGAUUCUGGUAAUGUGGACGAUGAUUAUGAAAGAGUCAAAGGACCUACAGGGAACCUAAAAUCUGUGGACGCCAUUCUAGAAGAAAGCACUGAAAAACUCAAAAGCUUGUCACUGCAACAGCAGCAGGACGGCGAUAAUGGGGACAGCAGCAAAAGCACUGAGACAAGCGACUUUGAAAACAUUGAAUCCCCUCUCAAUGAGAGGGACUCGUCCACCUCUGGGGACAAUAGAGAACUCGAGCAGCACGUUCAGACUUCUGACCCAGAGAACUUUCAGUCUGAGGAACGCUCGGACUCGGAUGUGAAUAACGACAGGAGUACAAGUUCAGUGGACAGCGACAUCCUUAGCUCCAGCCACAGCAGUGACACUUUGUGCAAUGCAGACAGUGCGCAGAUGCCGCUGGCCAAUGGCCUCGACUCCCACAGCAUCACAAGUAGUAGAAGAGCUAAAGCAAACGAGGGGAAGAAGGAGACAUGGGACACGGCCGAGGAAGACUCCGGGACUGACAGCGAGUACGACGAGAGCGGCAGGAGCAGGGGAGAAGCACAGUACGUGUACUUCAAGGCUGACCCCUACGUUGCGGAUGAAGGCUCUGGGGAAGGACACAAAUGGCUGAUGGUGCAUGUUGAUAAGAGGAUCACCCUGGCAGCUUUCAAACAGCAUUUAGAGCCCUUUGUCGGAGUUCUGUCCUCUCACUUCAAGGUCUUUCGAGUGUAUGCCAGCAAUCAAGAGUUCGAGAGCGUCCGCCUGAACGAGACCCUUUCGUCGUUUUCAGAUGACAAUAAGAUUACAAUUCGACUGGGAAGAGCGCUGAAGAAAGGAGAAUACAGAGUUAAGGUGUGCCAGCUUUUAGUCAACGAGCAAGAGCCAUGCAAGUUUCUGCUGGAUGCUGUGUUUGCUAAAGGCAUGACUGUGCGGCAGUCUAAAGAGGAAUUGAUUCCUCAACUCAGGGAGCAGUGUGGCCUAGAGCUCAGUGUUGACAGGUUUCGUCUGAGGAAAAAAACAUGGAAGAACCCCGGCACUGUCUUUCUGGAUUAUCAUAUUUAUGAAGAAGAUAUUAAUAUUUCCAGCAACUGGGAAGUUUUCCUUGAAGUUCUUGAUGGAGUAGAGAAGAUGAAGUCCAUGUCACAGCUGGCCAUCUUAUCACGACGGUGGAGGCCUUCUGAGAUGAAGUUGGAUCCCUUCCAGGAGGUUGUCUUGGAGAGCAGCAGUGUGGAUGAACUGCGAGAGAAGCUGAGUGAAAUCAGUGGGAUUCCUUUGGAAGAUAUUGAAUUUGCCAAGGGUAGAGGAACUUUCCCUUGUGAUAUUUCUGUCCUUGACAUCCAUCAGGAUUUGGACUGGAACCCUAAAGUCUCUACCCUGAAUGUCUGGCCUCUGUAUAUCUGCGAUGAUGGCGCUGUCAUAUUUUACAGGGAUAAAACAGAAGAAGUAAUGGAGUUGACAGAUGAGCAAAGAAACGAGCUGAUGAAAAAGGAGAGCAGUCGACUGCAGAAGACAGGGCAUCGUGUCACAUACUCGCCUCGCAAAGAGAAAGCACUAAAGAUAUAUCUGGAUGGAGCACCAAAUAAAGAUUUGGCUCAAGACUGACUCUGCUAGUGUAGCAUUUUCCCUGGGGGAGUUUUUGGUUUUAAUUAGAUGGUUCACUACUGCUGUGUAGUGCCAUUACGGCUGGACAUGGUUGGGGUAACCCAGUGACACCAGCACUGAUUGGACUUCCCUUCACCAAUCAGAAGCUCAGUGCCCAAUGGGCCACUGUCUUGACUUGGAAUCAUGUUGUGCACUAUAGUCAAAUGUACUGUAAAGUGAAAAAGGAUGUGCAAAAAAAAUAAACAGAAAGCAAAACCCACUACUAUAAAGGGAAGGGGAGGAGAGUAGAGUCUUUUACCGCAGACAGAUGUGCACAUAGCCGCUGGUAAAACUAGCCUCAAACAGGAUGCUCAUAGCCUGAUAAUAAAAGCUGUGCAAAGGCCACGAACGAAUGAAUCUUCUGUUUAUUUCACUGAUACACACAUUACCUCAUUGACAAUUCAGAAGCAAAUGCAACUGUGUUGACUCUGGAAAGCAGCAAAAUAGGAGCUGAAGAAAGAACUCUUAGAACCAGCAGUGACCCAGAAAAGAAGUGUGAAGUUGUGUUUUUAUUGUUCCUUUUUGCGAAGUACUAAGAACCUUGUUCUGGAACAUGAAAACAUUUUCUUCCCCCUAGACACUCCCAGCAGGGCAGCCCCGAUGGCUGCAGGCUUGUAAUAACUGACUAUACUUAAGUUAUGGACUUAAGAGAAUAUGCCUCACGCAGUCAUGCGGCAUGUAAAUAAGGGGAGUCCUGCUGAGUGCGCCGCUGUGCCCCACUGUUAUUCCUUUGCACAUCAUUCGUUCUGUCCGUCUGUACACACUGCAGUUGAGCAGUCUGUAAUGUAACCCUUAGCGAGGCUUCUCAGCACUGGCCCCUGCAGGACAUAUUUGCUCUGGUUAAUGAGGUUUCUCUGUUCAGCGGCUUCAAUAUUUUUUCUCUGUACGUUUAUUUUCAGAGAUUUGCUUCAUGUUUGAGUCUUCUAGAAUGCUUGUACAGUCCCAUUCUAAUUUUUAAGAGUCAGUUUGUAGUUACAUGUAGUUUGACCUUGGGGAAACAUCUUACCAUCCUGUUGAAUAAACUUGCUAGAAAGACUUGGUGCAGACUAAUGCAAUGUGAUCACACCGCAAAGUGUACUGGAGUCAGCAAGUUUCUGUUUUGCUCAGUCAAACUCUACCAUGAACACAAUUCUGCAUAAACUUUGAGAUACUAAUUUAUAAGAAUCAAUAAAGAGGUUUUGGUAAAACUUUCUCAUGCAGAUGCUGUUUACAACAAUGAACAUGCCAAUAAAACAUUUGUUCAUUC